CAUGCGUAGUCAAUGCGGGCCAUUAUUUUGUCCUCCUCAAGCUUUAAAUGAACAACAGGCUAAGCGCUUCUUGAAAUGAAUUAAAUAUUAAUUCUCGGAAAGAGACUUUUUUCUCCCGCUGUCCUCACCGAGAACCUACCAUAGAGCGUGUCGGUCAGUAGCUCGCGGUCUCGCCGGCCUGCUCGGUCCUCCGUUUGACUCUAAGGCCGAAACGGUACGCGGGGUGACAGCCCCAUUAAAGGCAGCUGUUUGGGUGUUUAUCUGCUCGGCUAGCCUUUCGGCUAGCUUCCUAGAGAGCAGCGACGGGAAGAAAAAAAAGAAAAACUGUAAGGGCUGAUAAGUUUGGAAAGACAGAGCUGUGACUGCCGCUCUGUCCACCCGGCAGAAGGGAUGGCACACCUAGGAGAUCUGCAGAACCAGAACACCAAGCUGGACCCUGAGGAGUACUUCACUAAGCAGGAGCGAAUUGGAAAGGGUUCUUUUGGAGAGGUUUACAAGGGCAUCAACAACCACACGAAGGAGGUGGUGGCGAUUAAAAUUAUCGACCUGGAGGAGGCUGAGGAUGAAAUAGAAGAUAUUCAACAGGAGAUCACGGUCCUAAGCCAAUGUGAUAGUCCAUUUGUUACCAAGUAUUAUGGAUCGUAUCUGAAGGGGACCAAGCUGUGGAUAAUCAUGGAGUAUUUAGGUGGUGGAUCUGCUCUGGAUCUGCUCCGUCCAGGACCUCUGGAAGAAACGUACAUUGCCACCAUACUGCGGGAAAUUCUGAAAGGGCUGGAGUAUCUGCACUCUGAGAGGAAGAUUCACAGAGAUAUCAAAGCUGCCAACGUGCUUUUAUCAGAGCAGGGCGAUGUGAAGCUUGCAGAUUUUGGAGUUGCUGGACAGCUGACAGACACCCAGAUCAAGAGGAACACAUUUGUUGGCACGCCCUUCUGGAUGGCACCUGAAGUCAUCAAGCAGUCAGCUUAUGACUUUAAGGCCGAUAUCUGGUCCCUGGGAAUAACUGCAAUUGAGUUGGCUAAAGGAGAACCACCCAACUCAGAACUACACCCUAUGAGGGUCCUGUUUCUCAUCCCCAAAAACCCUCCCCCCACACUGGAAGGCCUCUACAGUAAACCCUUUAAAGAGUUUGUGGAGGCCUGCCUAAAUAAAGACCCACGUUUUAGGCCCACCGCUAAAGAGCUCCUGAAGCAUAAGUUCAUAACUCGUCACACCAAGAAGACAGCCUAUCUGACAGAGCUGAUAGACCGUUAUCGCCGCUGGAAAUCUGAAGGACACGGGGAGGAAUCCAGCUCUGAUGACUCAGAUAUGGAUCCUGAUGGGGAUGUUGAGCAAACUCCCAUGUGGAACUUCCCCACAGUCAAAUCUAUAAGCCAGUUACAGCAGAGCUACCCACAACCCGACUCAGAAUGCGGAGAUUCUAUGAAACGACAGCCUAAGUCACAAUGCUUGUCGGCUUUGGUAACGCCCAUCUUCAGAGAGCUGAAGGACAAGCGACGGGCCAGCGGUGGUGGAGUAGGAGCUAUUGAGGAACUGGAGAAUGCCUUCAGCCUGGCAGAGGAGUCCUUUCCAGGCAUCUCUGACCGUCUCGUUACACACAUGAUGGAAAGAGUGUGCAGGUUUACUUUAAAUGGUAACAUGACUCCAUCUUCACGGUGAAACCCCUACUGGAUGUACUGUGACCCAGCCUCAUUUUUGUCCAUCUCCCCAGACCCAACUGCUCUGAUAAGGACCACAAAUAGACCACCUCCAACUUGUUGUACCACUGCCACUUUUUCCUGUCUACACCCAAAAGAGAUCUUAUAAUUAGUUACAAUUAAAUAUUUUUACAGUUUUUCUUUAUGACCGGAGAGUAUUUAACACUAAAAAAAAAAAAAACCAAGCCAUUUAGAGCGUUGUGUAUACCUGUUAGUGUGAAAAGAAAUCUGCUAUAAUAAAGUCUAUUGAAAAGGA